UGAGUCAGUAUUUUAAAACACCUUGGAGUCUUCAGAGCAGCGAUACAGAUGACAAUGAUGAAAAUUUCAUACCAUUUGUGACGAGUUCCAGGAUGGUCAGCAGAUAUGAACCAGAAGCUGGAAGGAGGUGGCGAUCCUCAGCUGGUGUCAGCAACUGGGCAUGUGCGAUGAACCUGGAGCAUUCACUGCAGCAAACAGUCCCUCACUGGAUGGAGGUGUAUGAGGAAGCUCCCCCGAGAUUGCAGCUCAGUAGUCAUGCAGCCCAAAGACGGAGACCCCCCCGGGAUGGUAGCUGCUCUACACCGACCCUGGAGCUACACCGGCUGCCGUCCCCGAGGGAGCUCUAUGGGAGGAGGAAGGGGAAGAGGAGACUACCCAGUGAGAGACGGGCCCUGGCAGUUCUCUAUCACCUGGAGGAGCUGAAGAGGAGACAGGCCGGGAUUGAUCAACUGAAAGCUCUGAGAUGGAGUGCUGAGAGGUCACAGGACAGUGAGCACCUGGACACACUCAGGACAGAUAACCAGGCGACAGACCCGACCAACAUUGGAGACUGCCUGACCAACGCUGACCUGGAGGACAGAGAACUGUUUUUCCAGCCCCGGUGGAAGUUUGGUGUUCCGGAGCAGCGUCUUGUUCCAGAGGAUACUCCGUAUCUGGCUUUUUGUGGACCAGAGCCUCAGGAGAAACCCCAGCCCUUCAGCUUCUUCAGUGAGGUGGCACAGGAGGACAAAACCUUCUGGAAUGUGAAGCACUGUGCUGAGGAAUGACUGAAGAAUGGGUCAGGCAAGAGCGUGCAGCAAGAUGGUUAUUCACCACCUUGUUCAUGUCAUUUCUGUUUCCUUCCGUGAGUCUCUGAAGCAGUACAGGACUCAACCGA